ACAGAGAUCCUCCAUCGUCAUGUUCCGCUGGCCCAGUCGGCGAUGACUUGUACCACUGGCAGGCCUCCAUCAUGGGCCCUCCAGACUCGCCAUACGCCGGAGGUGUGUUCUUCCUCUCCAUUCACUUCCCAACUGAUUAUCCAUUCAAGCCUCCAAAGAUCAACUUCACUACCAAGAUCUACCACCCUAAUAUCAAUGGCACCGGUUCUAUCUGUCUAGAUAUCUUGAAGGACCAGUGGUCUCCAGCACUUACUAUCUCCAAGGUUUUGUUGUCCAUCUGCUCCUUGUUGACUGACGCUAACCCGGAUGAUCCUUUGGUGCCUGAGAUUGCUCACGUCUACAAGCUGGACAGACCAAAGUACGAGGCCACUGCUAGAGAGUGGACUAAGAAGUAUGCGGUCUAA